CUCCUAUAAGUGGCCCCGAUCCAGAGGGACCGCAGCAGUUUCUUCCCAUCCCCGCAUCAUCAUCCCGCUCCGCCGCACACAUGGGUUCGGUUCUGCCCGCGGAGGCGCUCGCGCUGAAGUCCCGGUUCAGGUCUCAGCUGUGUGAGAUCAUCACCUCCGAUAUUCUGCACAGUUUUCUGUACGGCAGAUGGAGGAACGUGCUGGGAGAGAAUCCGUACGAGGAGCAGCAGCAGAGCCCGAGAACCGCCUUCACCGCCGAAGUUCUGGCGCAGUCCUUCACUGGAGAGGUUCAGAAGCUGUCUAGUCUGGUUCUGCCCAGCGAGGUCAUCAUCGCCCAGAGUUCAGUCCCGGGAGAAGGUCUGGGGAUUUUCUCCAAGACCUGGAUCAAAGCCGGCACUGAGAUGGGCCCGUUCACCGGGAGGCUCGUGUCCCCUGAGCACGUGGACCUGAGGAAGAACAAUAACCUCAUGUGGGAGGUGUUCAACGAGGACGGCACCGUCCGCUGCUUCAUCGAUGCCAGUCAGGAGGAUCAGCGCAGCUGGAUGACGUACAUUAAAUGUGCCCGAAACGAACAGGAGCAAAACCUGGAGGUGGUUCAGAUCGGCAGCAGCAUCUUCUACAGGACUCUGGAGACGAUUCCACCAGAUCAGGAACUGCUCGUUUGGUAUGGAAAUUCCCACAAUACCUUCCUUGGUAUUCCUGGAGUCCCGGGAGCAGAGGAGGAACACCAGAAAAAGAGAAACGACGACGCACACGUAUGUGAUGCUGCAUCUUCCUCCUUGCCCUCCUCCUCCUCUUCAUCAACCGCGAGUCGAAUGCGCUGCGUCAUCUGUCACCGUGGCUUCAACUCCCGCAGCAACCUGCGCUCACACAUGCGCAUCCACACCCUGGACAAACCCUUCGUCUGCCGCUUCUGCAACCGUCGCUUCAGCCAGUCCUCCACGCUCCGCAACCACGUGCGUCUCCACACGGGCGAACGGCCCUACAAGUGUCACGUGUGCCAGAGCGCGUACUCGCAGCUGGCCGGCCUGCGCGCGCAUCAGAAGAGCGCCAGACACCGACCCAACGGCUCGAACUCUGAGGCCGGACAGCCGUCGUCUCCGCCAGCGCAGAUGCCAGCCGUUUCCCAUCCUGCACUGCUGCGUCACAUCCCAACCAUGGUGCUCUGAGACAAACUGCAACAGAGAGUCCAAUUACUGUUCAUGCACUUUAACCUCCACAGCUCAAGUUCGGCAAUACAAUCUCUAAGACAGAUAGCUCAAUACUUGAGUCACUCAUUCAAAACAUUUCACUCAGUGAGCACUAUAUAUGAGUCUAUGAGGAUUUAUCAGUGCUUGCAUGAAAUACAUUCAUUGUUUUCUCACUGCCAAAAGUCUAGAAAAAAGGUUCUUUAUAGAACUCUAGGGUUCAAUUUUAAAGGGCUAUAUGUAAAAAAUGUUGUGUAUUAAAGGGUUAGUUCACCCAAAAAUUUAAUUUCUGUCAUUAAUCACUCUCCCUCAUGUCGUUCCACACCCGUAAG